AUGCCCGGCGGCAAAGGAAAGUCAUCCGGUGGUAAGAGCUCCGGAGGCAAGACGAGCGCCGAGGGCCACAACAAGAAGCAGCAGAGCCACUCAGCACGCGCUGGACUGCAGUUCCCCUGCGGUCGCGUCAAGCGCUUCCUCAAGCAAAAUACCCAGAACAAGAUGCGCGUCGGAGCAAAGGCGGCAGUCUACGUUACCGCUGUGCUGGAGUACCUGACCGCAGAAGUCCUCGAGCUGGCAGGUAAUGCUGCCAAGGACCUCAAGGUCAAGCGCAUCACCCCCCGUCACCUUCAACUUGCUAUCCGAGGCGACGAAGAGCUCGAUACGCUCAUCCGCGCGACGAUUGCUUUCGGCGGUGUCUUGCCGCACAUCAACCGCGCACUGCUACUCAAAGUUGAACAGAAAAAGAAGGCCAAGGCCCUCGAGGCAUGA